GUGACGCCAGAGAGGACAGAGUUCAGUGUUUUGGAGCUCUGGGAGGAACUGUGAUCAUCCGCCUGAUGAACAACGCCUCAGAAAUACCUAAACAUGAAUGGAAAAAUAAGACAUCCAUAAUCCUCAGAGGCGAAGGACAUAAAUUCUUUCAAAAUGUCCUUCCGAACAGAUUAUUCUUUCUUUCCAGUAAUGAUACGAUUAGCCUCACGAACCUCAGCAGGUCUGACAGUGGUGAAUAUAAUCUGGAAAUAUUUGAUUCUGAAGGACAGAAAACAGUGCAGACUCUUCAACUGCUGGUUCAAGCUCCUGUGUCAUCUGUCCGGCUCGUCUCUGAGUGUUUGUCGCAGUUAGAGAUGAAAGUGUCCUGUCUCUGUCAGAGAGGGGACAGUCCUCAGUACAGCUGGACUAUGGAUGGACACACACUGACCAGCUCUGAACUCCUCUAUGUGCAUAAUGAGACGAACAUUAUAAUUCUGAGAAAAAACAUCUCAGGACGUCUGGUCUGCUCAGUCAGGAAUCAAGUCAGCUACGCCUCUGAGGAAAAAACUCUAUUUGUUUGCAAAGAUGUCUCCUUGCUCGUACACAGUUUGCUGUUUGGUGUAACAAUUCUUUCCUGUGGCGGGAUCUGUCUCUAUUUCAAACUGAAGGAGAGCAAAUACAAGGACUUUGUCACUUACAUCAGAAAAGAGAAUCCAGAUGACUUUAAUGUAAUUCAACAGUCUGAUUUAAUUAAGCAUAAACACAAAUAA